AUGCCGACGAGUACUACAGUAUCCCCAGCCACCUCAACACAAUCCGCCGACAGCGAUCUCGUCGCCCACUUCGUCCCUUCGACCACCGACGUCGCCGUCACCAUCGCGUAUUUUGUUAUAGCCAUCACGGCGGCUUCGCUGAAUGCAAUCGCGUGUAUCAUUGUCGUCCGGAAUACGCGCGUCAAUUCUGGCAUCAAGAUAAUCCUCUCCAUAAACCGUUUCUCAGCCGUCGCGUACAUGGGCCGAUACUAUACGCGGUUGAAGCGGCUUCUCUACGUAGAGUUUAUCCUAUUACCCCUGAUCCCUGUCACACUAAUGACGCUUGGGACAUUCUAUGAUGGCAACUGCCGCUUCUUCCACCCACUUGCCUAUGCCGUCUACAAUAUUGGCGACUUUUUCCUGACCAUGAUUCCAACACUAAAUUGGACCAUCUUUGCCCUGUUGAUUGUAGCGAUCAGCUUGGACACUUACACGCUGCUGAUGCUCAGAAUCCGACUAAGCCAAACGAAUUUCAAGUCAAAUCAUGGCGGCAACUUCACGAGAACCGAUAUGCAGCUCUCGAAACAGAUGGUGGCUACUCAAGGCUCCGGGCUCUUCUAUUUGUGUAUUUCGUUUGUCCACCAAUAUACUCCGGCCAAAUUAACUCUACAACCUAUCGUCUCCUUCAUCGCCAACAUGUUCAUACCGGCUUGUUUUAGCUGCUAUAUUGGGCUCCUAACCAUCAUUUUCCUACGCCAGAAGAAGGUGCUUGUGCUAGAGAAAGCCAAGGAAGCUGCUGCCGCUCCCACAUCGACCAGUCAGGCACCACUCUCCCUAAAAUGGUCAACAACCCAUAGG